AUGCCAGCACCGAAAAAUGAGAAAGAGGUUCGUGGAUUCUUGGGGCGAUUGAACUACAUAGCUAGAUUCAUAUCUCACCUCACGACCACUUGCGAGCCGAUAUUCAAAUUACUCCGUAAGGAUCAAGCAAUCGAGUGGAAUGACAAAUGCCAGAAUGCAUUUGAGAAGAUAAAAGAAUACUUACAAGAACCACCGAUCUUGAUGCCGCCUGUUCCAAGAAGACCUCUUAUUAUGUACCUCACGGUUCUUGAGGGAUCGAUGGGGUGUGUUCUCGGACAGCAUGAUGAGACGGGUAGAAAAGAGCAUGCGAUUUACUACCUGAGUAAAAAGUUCACAGACUGCGAAAGCAGGUACUCAUUGCUCGAGAAGACGUGUUGUGCAUUGGCUUGGGCCGCCAAACGCUUGAGGCAGUAUAUGAUGAAACAUACAACUCUCUUGAUAUCCAAAAUGGAUCCUAUCAAGUAUAUAUUUGAUAAGCCUGCUCUCACAGGAAGAGUUUCUCGGUGGCAGAUGGCGUUAACAGAGUAUGACAUCCAAUACGUCACACAAAAAGUCAUCAAAGGUAGCGUGUUGUCUGACUACGUGGCUCAUCAACCAAUGGAUGACUACCAGCCCAUGCGCUUUGACUUUCCGGACGAGGACAUCAUGUUUGUCAGAGAUUGGGGUGUUCUAGAACCAGAAAGGGGACCAGAACCAGAAUCGCGAUGGGCGGUCGUGUUCGAUGGAGCCUCUAAUGCUCAAGGAAAUGGAAUAGGGGCAAUCAUCACCUCCCCAACUGGGUUUCAUCUCCCUUUCACUACGAGACUAUGUUUCGACUUCACCAAUAAUAUGGCAGAAUACGAAGCAUAUAUCUUCGGUUUGGAAGCGGCUAUUAACUUAAAGAUCAAGAUCUUAGAAGUCUAUGGAGAUUCCACGUUAGUAAUCAGCCAAAUCAGAGGAGAUUGGGAAGUUCGUGAUCCAAAGUUGAUCCCCUACAGAGAACAUGUCUUGAAGCUGAUAUCGUAUUUCGAUGAAGUUACAUUCCAUCAUAUUCCCCGAGCGGAAAAUCAAUUGGCUGAUGCUCUAGCCACCUUGGCUUCCAUGUUUAAGGUCAAAUGGAAGAAUGAAGCACCUUCUUUCCAAAUUGAUUACUUGGAUGAGCCAGCGUACUGUUUAGCGGCUGAAGAGGAAUCAGACGUUAUAUCAGAGGCGUUGAAGAGAGCUUUUGACAGAAAGGUUCGCCCCCGAAACCUUGAGGUUGGGGACUUGGUGAUAAGAAAGAUUCUGCCUAUUCAUCCUGAUUUGCGUGGAAAGUGGACACCCAACUACGAAGGUCCUUAUGUGGUAAGGAAGGUUUUCUCUGGAGGAGCUUUAAUCCUAUCAACCAUGGAUGGUGACGAUCUCCCAUCCCCCGUAAAUGCUUACGCAAUAAAAAAGUACUUCGCCUGA